AUGUACGCACCAGGAUAUACUCCAACAGUUGUUCAUGCUUCACCAUAUGGGGCUCCAGCCUACGGUCAACCUGCUUACGUUCAACCUUGUGUCCAACAACCUGGUCCAAUGGGUUUUUCGGCGGUGGACAAAUUAAUUAGACCGUUUCUACAGCUUCAUGAGUGGGAUAAUGGCGCCGAGAAAAUUGUUCACACAACUACAAUCCAGAUACUCAUAUUCUUCGGAUUUCUGGUGACUUCAAAUAUGAUGUUCGGACAGCCAAUCACAUGCCUGGUGCUCCCUGAAACACCCGAUUCCUCCACAAAUUACUUCCAUGACUUCUGCUUUUAUCAAGAUAAGCUUCGAAUUUCUCCAAUGCAGCCGUCGAUAAGGCGCUCAUCGAACAAGGGCACAAUGAAUGUAAAUUAUAUCACCAGAGAAGAAGUUGCUGUCACAUACUAUCAGUGGACUCCAUUCAUUAUAUUUUUGCAAGUGGCUAUGUGUCUGACUCCAGCUUUAGUCUGGAAAUUCUUUGGGCUUCACUUCUUUUACGGCGACGAUUUCGCGUCAAUCAUCCGCUCAUUAGCUUCUAAGAAAAAAGAUGAUAAAAUGGACUCGAACGACUCUGACUAUAAAGUAGAUGCUCGUGACACUCUACGGUGGCUAGAACUAAAAAAACGCGAGCGUUGGGGAAUGCAUACCACUAUGUUGAUAUACGUAGCUAUGAAAUGGAUGACGUUUGCUUCUUUGCUUCUCCAGUUUUAUAUGAUGGCGAAUAUUUAUGCAUCCGGCGAGCUCUUAUGGGGAGUUCACAUAUCUUACGAGUUGCUGAAUGGAGCGUACAAAAAUCUUUACACUGGAGUAUUUCCCCAAAUCGUUGGGUGUAAGACGCAUCGAACUCAAACAGGAGCAGUGGUCAAUGAAUUCACAAUGCGAUGCAUUCUCCCGCAAAAUUUCGUGAAUGCGAAGGUAUUCUUAUUUCUCUAUUGGUGGUACGUUCUCGCUAUGCUGGUGAGCAUAAUCUCAGCUGUCCAGUUCACGCUCAUGCUACUGCUUCCGAAGUAUCAGCGCUACGCUACAAAGUCUCUUUUACCCACACUGGAGUUUUUCCUGGAGGACGCUCAAAGAGCACAAUCUACAAUUAAUCAUGGACAUAGUGAUCCUCUAGACCAUUUUGUUGACUACAUGGGCAACGAUGGAUACCUUCUUCUUCAAUGUGCCAGUGUCCCCUUGAGUGUUGUGAAAAUACGGUUUUUCUUGAAUUCACUCUAUAAGAUAGUUUUACCAAAGAAACUUGAAGAAGAGAUCAAAGUAAUUUGUGAGAGCAACCGAAGACAAUUUGAUGGCCAGAUCGACCCUUACAGAAAAAAAGACGACUUGAAGAAAAACAAGCAUAUGAUAAUGGCCGAUGGUGACUUCUCGAAGCCCUUGCUGUCCAACUCUUCGCCAUCAUGUAGUCCAUCGUCCUCGCAUCAUGAUCGUUACACUCCGGCACCUGGAAAGAAUCUCAAGAGUUACGAAUAA